UAGUGCAAAGUCAAAUGGUCACUUGGAGUGGGACAUUGGCGCAGUUUGGAUUUGCAUGUUGAGUGCUUCAGUAUGAGCUGUACGCCAGUUAUUUUACUUGUCAUAGUGGUUGGAUAUGUUGUGGAGGCAACUAACGGAAAUCAGACAGAGUGGCUUUGUCGCCCGAAUGGUUUACUUUCACGACGUGGGCGAGCUGUCGUCUUUCCCAAAGGGUCUACAGUGUUGAUAACGGCAGCGAUGACCAAAAUAAUUGUGGGCGGGCGACCUAGUGGAUUGCAAUACAGCGUGGAGUUCGAUAUGUAUGUAAGUCUGCCGGAUACUGUGGAUGGCUGGCGACCAAACAUACUCCUCGAUCAUGACAAUCCUAAGAAAGCGACAGGCGCAAAGCCCAUGCAUCGCUGGGACUGGAAAUGGCACGAUUACAGGCGCAAUGGCUCACGAUUUAACUAUGCUCACCGUAAGCCCCAUUUGUAUAGGGGCCCUUACCAACCCGAGCACUAUGCCAAGCCUUGGCAAUCGGCUGAAGAGCCUUGGCGACGACAUCAACUGGGAAAUUUGGAGCAGGAAGUAUACAAAUCCUGGACAGAUGUGCCCAAGUGGAAACUAAAUCGUGAUUACAGAGAAAGACGUGAAAUCUUUGACCAAUUCGAGGCAAUGGGAAAUUACUUUCGAUUAGAUAUAAGAUCCUGCAUAAAGCGAUCAAUGUGCGAGCUUCGGGCCAGAUUUAAUGAGCAUCAUGGCAGUGGAUUACUAAUGGAGGAUCUUCUGCGAAUUAUUUUAACUUUGCCCGAAGAUGUCGCUGAAGAUAAGUAUCAGCAUCGACGGAAUGUUCGGGACUGCGCCAGUUUCUAUGCGAUUUCCUGCCCAUAUAGAGUGCUUGACUUUCUCACAAUGAAUGUGAACGCUAGUCGAAAGACUGAGUAGGCAUUGGAAUUAAAACUACACCUCAAACUGAAAUAGAGAAUCUUAUUUGGGCUGAGGCUCAGUGUACAGAUUGCAAAACUGGAAAACAGUUCUCCAUUUCGGUUAUUUUCGAAAUUUUCCUUCUUAUUUUUUUUUAAUUCUUUCAAAAUUUU